AUGACAGGAAGUGUAGAGCCUAGCUCAAUUGAAGUGGUCACAAUUGGAUCAAUUCAAGGUUCCUCAGUUGAAUCGAGUUACAGUGCUUCAGUUGAGACUUCAAUUGUCUCUGAAGAGAGCGGUUCGUCGUCAAUCGUGCCUUCGAUUCCAGUAGAAUCAGAAGUACCAGUUUCUAGUCCUAGUGGAGAAAAUGGUGGUGCACCCGCAGGGCCUUCUGUACCCAUAGUGUCUCAGGAUGGUGCAUUUCCAGUGAGCCAAGUGUCAUCUUCGUUAUAUUACCUCGCUAUAAUUUUGAGUUCACUUGCUCUUGGUUAA